AUGGACCACAACACCUUAUUCAAUAUUCAAAGCUGGUUCCGUUCCAAGAGAGAAGCUGCGCAGAGCCGUAAGGCUGUCUUGCUUCUCAUGCUGUUCAAUCUUCUUAACUGUUUGGCCAUAUCCUUCGAUGCCUUUGAAAAACCUUCGUCACUAUUUUUCACUUUGAAUGGAUUGAACAUACUUUCUGUUCUUCUAGCUGUAUAUGGCAUCUACAACAAUAAAAUUAUAUUCACUGUACCGGAUGCUCUAAUCAAAGUAUGCCUAUGUUCCUCCUCGCUUUUUUAUACCCUGCACUUGGCUGAGACUCGGAAUUUCACAUCUGAAUAUCAUUUCGCCUGGCUUGUCGUUUCCUACAUCAUUCUUAUGUGGGAGCUACAAUCCAUUAUUCGCAUAUCUUUUGACAUCAUCAAACAGAGUGAUUCGAAAUCUACAAAGCCUCCUCCACCAUAUCACCAGGUUAUUUCGGAAGAACAGCCACCAUCGUAUUCGGAUGUGAUGGAGAAAAUUGAGAAAGGUGGCUCUCCUAUCUCAGGAAUUCAUAUAGUCUAA